AUGUCAUAUAACUCUGGGUUUCAGAAUAGAUAAUAACUACAGUAAUACGAACAGUUAUUAUAAUUGCUUCUUGUCACCUUAAACAAGAGAUUGGUCAAAUUUUAUUCAAAUGAAGAUUGUGAUGAAUUAGCAUUUCGUAAUAUUUUUCAGAGAAUCAUGUCUGGCAUGAAAUCAUUAGAGAAAUAGUAUAUAUUAACGGCUUAAUCUAAUAGAAAAUUUAUGCCACCUCGAUUUAGUGAGACAGUUAGAAAUUUAUUUGAGAUUUUGAAAUUAGAAGAACAGCAUGAAGUAUCAUAACAACUAUUUAGAGUGAAAGGUUAUAUAUGAAUCCAUAAUUUGAUUUAAUCUCACGAUAAGCCAAUAUUAUAAUGAACCAUGAUAAGAAGCCUACCUAAAAUCUACAAUACUAAUUAUCAGAAGAUCAAUAAGAGAUGCCACCUCAUCCAUUAAUUCAAAUAGACCAGAGAUAAGAUUCAAAUAAGUUGGAUGUGGUUUUUGAGAAAGUGGAUAAAUAUGAGAAAUUCGGUAAACUAGAUUAAAUUGAUAAAAAUAAAAAAUAUGAAAUUGGUAUAACCGAAACGACGACUCCUAGAAAAGUCCGGGAAUCAUUGCAGCAAUAGCACAUGUGUUAAUAAUAAUAAUAAUUCAAUUUGAUACCAAAGGAUUUCAUUAACUAAAUAGAAGAAUGCGUAACUAGAAAUGUGUUAGAUAAAUUGAAUCUACCAAAAAAAUCUAAGAAGAAGAAAUAAAGAUCAUCUUCUAAUUAAUUUUAAUUCAGAUAAGUUCUUUUGUCAGCAAGUGAUAAAUAGAAUUCAUCUUUUUAAUCAACUAAGAGAAAAUUUAACAACUUAAUGUGA